AUGAAUCUACAAGAAGUGGAAGCAUCAUAUAAUGAAAUAACCUCGUCAGCAUUGAAACUUAUCAUGGAGAUUUCAAUCAAUAAACUGAAGAAUUUUCAAAGUACUUUACAACCAUCGACAGGACCACUUAUAAGAUCAAUAGAGAAUAAAAAUAAUUCAUUAAUGGAUAAAUCCAAUGGAUCAAAUACAAUUGAUUCAUCUCAACAUAUCUCUUUCAAAAAAACAUCUAAUAGUUUUUCACCAAGUAAUCGGUUAUACAGGAUAAUGGUAAUUUUAAAAAUUGCUAAAAAAGCAAGAUCUGUAUUAUUAAACCGAGAAGCACUUAAUAUACCACAAGCGGAUAAUAAAUCAACUGAUGUACAAAAGAUUUCCUCUUCCGAAAACGACUCAAACAAUCAUUCAUAUAACACACAACAAUGUGAUCCUGUGAAACAACCUGGAACACCUAAUAUGAGUUCAAUUCAAACAAAAAGGCAUUCAGAAUUACGAGUUUUACAUCCAAACAAGCAAAAUGAACAAGUGUAUCAAUGUGUCUAUGAUUCUGUUCCAAAUAACUCUUCAGUAUGCACUAGCAAUAAAAGAGCACUUGAUUCUAAUCCAUCUACUUCGAUACCUGAAAAACGUGCAUUUUUAAAUUUUCAAAGUGAAAAUCCUAUGAAAUGUGAUAAAUCAUCACAUCAAGAUACAUUAAAUGUAAUGUAUAGUUUAACUACUCCAUACAAUACAGGGAAUAUUGAAAAUAGUCUAAUUAAACCAAAAUUUAACCAACAUAACGAUAACGAUGAUGAAUAUGACGAUCCUAAUGAUAAUGAUGUCAUUAUGUAUUCAAAAUCUUAUCCCUUGUGCAAAUGUCGAUUAUCAAUCCAAAAUUCUAAAGUAUGUGGUUUAGGAAAUGGUUUAAUCGCAUCAAAUGAAGUAUUAUCAUCAAGUACUUCUCUUCAACAAAUGAAUCAUUCAAUGGAUUAUGAAGAAAUUAGUAAUGAUUAUGGACGAGAUAUGUGUAUAUGUCUUUCUAAUUCACCAAAUUCACGACCAUUGAUUACUGGAAUAAUAUGA